GGGCGUGUUCGUAGUCGCAGGUUUCCCUUUUGGCCAAGCGGCGUGGAUCAAGGCGGUGAUUCUGGAAGCUUUAACCGAUUCAUUCCGUGACAACAGUGACUACCAGAGCUAAUCCAGGAUGGACUCGUCUUUGACUGCAGCUCAAAUUCGCCAGAAGUUCAUCGACUUCUUCAUCCGCUAUGAGCAUCACUAUGUCCACUCCUCGUCCACCAUCCCUCUGGACGACCCCACGCUGCUUUUCGCCAACGCCGGCAUGAACCAGUUCAAGCCCAUCUUCCUGAACACCAUCGACCCGUCUCACCCCAUGGCCAAGCUGCGGCGGGCCGCCAACACACAGAAAUGCAUCCGAGCAGGAGGAAAACACAACGACCUGGACGACGUGGGGAAGGACGUCUACCACCACACCUUCUUUGAGAUGCUGGGCUCCUGGUCCUUCGGGGACUACUUUAAGCAUCUGGCCUGUAAGAUGGCUCUGGAGCUGCUGACCCAGGAGUUUGGGAUUCCCAUCGAACGGCUCUACGUCACCUACUUUGGUGGGAAUUCUGACGCCGGCUUGGAUCCCGACCUGGAGUGCAAGCAGAUCUGGAUGGAUCUGGGGUGAGUUCAGUUUAACGCCGA